AUGCCGACCUUGGAAUGCACAUGCGGGCGCCCUUUCCGCAGCGAAACAGACUUGAAACAGCAUAGAAGGGAUAAAUCUCGAUUUAUUUGCCGUCGCUGCAACAAAUGUCUGGCCUCCGUCGAAUCAGUCAAGGAACAUAAGGCUUUCCACGCGACAUGUUGGGAGAAUCCGUUCAAAGACAUGCAAUGGCGCUGCAACGACUGUGGCGCAGUAUUUGAAAGCCGAGCUGCUUCGAACCAACAUGUUCAAGUAACGGGACACGCUACCGAGUUUCGUUGCUGUGACUGUAACAAGGGCUUCAAGAGUGAAAAAUCUCUACUCGACCACCUAGGAGCAAAAGACCAUGGGAAGCCCGUCGCAAAGCCGCAGAAAAGAAAAGAACCUAAAGAAGACAGAGAAUGCAAAGAAUGCAAUCGUACUUUUAAGAAUGUCAAAGCUUUACAGCAGCAUCUAGACUCUGUCAUUCAUCGUCCAAUCAGCAACUUGACUUGCAUGGCGGGCAAGAUUUGUGGCGUGGAGUGCAAUGCCCAUUUCCGGAGCCCUUCAGCUCUAGUUGCCCACAUGGAGAAUGGCACUUGUCGGUCGGGCAUGAACCGGCAGAAACUCAACAGAUUGGUGCUCAUGCAGGAUAGCGAGCAUCUCAUCACCAGUUCCGACGGCAGCUUUGAAUCCUUGGGCUGGGCUAGCCUGGAGAACGAGCCAGACUUGAGCAGCUCCGGGAUCAUGACGCCAAGCACAGAUUCAGGUGAGGGUGUCAUGCUGACGCCUAGUAGCAGUCAGAUGGACUUGAUGAGCCUUGUUGGAAGGGAUUUUACUGGACUCGAUUUAUCUGAUACGGAUAGCGACUGUACAGAAUUGCCCGCGGACGGCAUCUAUCUUUGCCCCCUCUGUCCUCGCAGCCAACGGCGCUUCAAUGGAAGAAAAGCUCUGGAGCAACACAUGCAAUCACCUGCUCACAUGUCCAUGAUUUUUCACUGUCCUUCAAUUCUAUUUCAAGGAAACUCUGGGAAAUCCAAGCCGAGUAUGAAGAAGUUUUCAACAAUCAGCGGGCUUGUUGCUCACAUCGAGAGCGGUGCGUGCCGUGGCGGCAAUGCUGGACUGCGUACAGUGAUGCAGUACAUGGAAGAGAGGCUGGAGGACAUGGGAAUGUCGUUCAAGCUGCUGAGCAUAUAA